CAUCAGUGUUUCAUCAGAUUCAGUUAAUGAUGAAAUUGUUAGUAAUAUUAGUGGUGGCUAUAUGGGUUCACCGGGCUCACUCUCGACGUCUGGAUGACGAUUUCGACAAUAACAUCUUAGGGAACCCGGUGGGGUUGGGUAUGACAAGUGGAGUUCAACGCGAUUGGGUUCGCAUCAGCCAAUCACCCCCACAGAGUGUUAGUCAAUCGGUUGGUUCACGUGUCGAGUUGGAGUGUGAGGCUAUGGGAUCACCGGCUCCCGUCAUGCAGUGGCUCAAAGGCAACACACCAUUAACCGAAAAUGAGAGUUUCGAGACCAACGCAAUUAACGACGUCCCAUCGCACGGAAUCGCCAAGGCGAAAAGUCGACUGGUAAUCAACUCUGUUCUUCCGAUCCAUGAGGGCACGUUUACGUGUCUGGCCGAGUCCGGUUCCGAAAUUGCGUCAACGAAAACAAAACUCUACGUUUCCGUACACCAUGGAAUCUCCGCAAGAAACAUCACCAAGCUACUCGCAGGCGGACUCUUAGGCUCACGAAGUCCCGCACGAAUCGUCCUCUUCAACACAAUAUAUUUGGAUAACAUCGGAAACCACAUUGAGUUACCGUGCAAAGCUGUAGGCAAUCCCAUCCCCGACAUCAUCUGGCUCGACCCAUCCGAAAGGAUCAUCAAUCCGGCAAGCGACGGCCGUAUUUCCGUCUUGGGCAAUGGCGAAUUGAGCAUACGCGGCAUGAAAUGGGACGACAUGGGUGUCUACACGUGCGUCGCACGUAAUUCAGUGGAACACGACAGCAUCUCCACAUUUGUAUACCCCAUGAUGGCUGAAAAAUAACCUUGCCAUUGACGUUCUACAUCUCCAGUCAUAAUUUGAGUAUUAUGUAACUUAUUUUUCGUCAAUAUAUUUGUUAUGCGCAUCCCUGUGCCAGUUUGUAGGAAUGCUUUAAUUAAAAAAAAUGUGCAAAAAGGGUAUUUCUGCUGCUGCAAUCAAUUGGAGGGGAAAAUAAAACUAAUAAUUACUUGA